AUGUACCGACCGAUUUCGCGCGUCGUGCAUCGACCCGCGUCCGCCGCGCGCGCGCCGCAUCGACGGACGCGUCGACGACCGCGCGCGUCGCCCGAUCGCGGGUUCGGGGACGUCCGCGGCGUCGACGACGACCGCGCGCGCGCGCGCGAGCGGGCGCGUCGCGCGCGGGAGGGAAUCAUGGGACGGCCCACCGGCGCCGGCGGCGGCGACGACGCGGACGAGAUCACCGAGCAAAUGGCGAAGAUGCUGGCGAAGAUCGAGGAACAGAAGAAAUACCUCAUCGCUGGCGCGGAUCGAAACGCGAACGCGAAGGAGAUCGCGUACGGUGGGGCGUACGCGUCGAUGGAGGGCGAGGGGGCGUUUUCGGUUGACGCGUUUCGAGAGACGUUCGCGCUGACGAUCACGGACGCGAGUGAGGAGCGGGUGGUGUUCGAGAUGGAGGGAUGCUCGGCGGCGUUUGCGAAUGCGUUUCGUCGAAUCAUAAUCUCGGAGGUGCCGACGAUGGCGAUCGAGAAGGUUUACAUGAUUAACAACACGAGCGUGGUGCCGGACGAGGUUUUCGCGCACCGGCUCGGUUUGGUUCCGAUCAAGGCGGAUCCGGCGCGGUUUGAAUACAGAGGCCCGAACGAUUUGGCAAAUGAGACGAACACGAUCGUUUUGAGCCUUCACGCGAGGUGUCACCGCGAGCGUUUGGACGACGGGUCUCUCGGCGAGGUGGUCAACCGAAGCGUGUACUCGAACGCGCUGCAGUGGUGUCCGGACGGAAGCCAACUGCCUGAGGAAGAGAGGGCGAAGUACUCCGACUUUAAGCGCUCGCAACGCGAGAGUUUCGGCGAAGAGGAGCUUGGGUGCGUGCACGACGACAUUUUGCUCGUCAAACUAGCACCAGGUCAAGAGAUUGAGCUCGAGUGUCACUGCGUCAAGGGCAUCGGUCAGGAGCACUCAAAGUGGUCGCCAGUGGGGACGUGUUGGUACAGAAUGGUCCCGGAGAUUACGAUUUUAGAACCAAUCACGGGAGCCGACGCGGAUGUGUUCAUGGAGAGGUGCGCAAACUUCAACGACACGCACGCGUGCUACGCGUGCGAGGGCAAGGGUGAUAAGAAGACGGUGAAGGUUGUCGAAACGCGCGGGUGCGAUUUGUGCGUCGAGAGGGUGCGAGAGCUCACGGGCGAGCCGGGAUGGGAUGAGAAGAUCGCCGUUCGAAAACACAAGAAUCACUUCAUCUUCACCAUCGAAUCCGUCGGUCAGAUGAAACCUGGCACAAUUUUCAAGGAGGCUGUGAAAAUUUUAGCGUCGAAAUGUCAGAACGUUUUAAGUACGCUGUGA